AUGGAAAUAAACAAUAACCCCACUGCAUCCAAGUCGUCAUUCUUGGGUAGACUUACAACGCGUUCCAUGUCAGAAGGAUCUCGCAAGCGCGGAUCAAACGUUGUACGUGGCUAUAUAUACCUUGAUGAUAGUAUCAGCAAAACCUCAAACUCGGUGCCAGAAGAACCUUCAGUUCCACAAACGAUGUCUUCAAAGAAAACUGCUUCGCACUUCAGGCGAGACAGUGAUAAGCAAAGCCACAACGAGUCCAUAUUUGCUGCUUUAAAAUUGGAUAAGAAACCAGUUAUGACGAAUCCACAAGUGCAACGAUGGUUUUGA